GGCGCCGGGCCUCCGACCGAGCAGUCCCGGCGACGCGGGAGGCGGAGCGGACGUGGCUCGGGCUGCGCUGCAUCAUAUUAACCUUACACUGGAAGAAACUUCAUAAGGAUAGAAAGAACAGAAUUGAAGAUGAUUGAAUAUUGGGCUCCAGGAAUUUAAAACAAUCAGGGACUGCGAGGACUGAGUCCAUAUGGAAGAAGAACUACCCCGUUUCUAUGGAGAAAGUGGCAAGCCGGUGCAGGCUACUCUGUCAUCUUUGAAGAUGUUAGAUGUGGGAAAGUGGCCAAUUUUCUCCCUUUGUUCUGGGGAAGAACUGCAGUUAAUUCGUCAGGCCUGUGUCUUUGGCAGUGCUGGCAAUGAAGUUUUAUAUACUACAACAAACGAUGAGAUUUUUGUGCUUGGCACAAACUCCUGUGGGUGUUUGGGAUUAGGUGACGUACAGAGCACCAUUGAACCACGGAGACUGGAUUGCUUAAGUGGCAAAAAGAUAUCUUGCCUCAGCUAUGGGAGUGGUCCACAUGUUGUCCUUGCAACAACAGAAGGACAAGUCUUCACCUGGGGCCAUAAUGCUUACAGCCAGCUGGGCAAUGGGACAACUAACCAUGGCUUAGUGCCCGUUCAUAUCUCUACUAAUUUGUCAAACAAACGAGUCAUUGAAGUUGCCUGUGGGUCUUACCAUUCUCUGGUGCUGACAUCUGAUGGAGAGGUAUUUGCCUGGGGUUAUAAUAACUCAGGACAAGUAGGAUCUGGAUCGACAGCUAAUCAGCCAAUUCCUCGAAGAGUCACUGGUUGCUUACAGAAUAAAGUAGUUGUGAACAUAGCUUGUGGGCAGAUGUGCUCGAUGGCGGUGGUGGAUUCUGGGGAGGUCUUUGUCUGGGGUUACAAUGGAAAUGGGCAACUCGGACUUGGCAGUAGUGGCAACCAGCCAACCCCCUGUCGAAUAGCAGCUUUGCAAGGCAUUCGUGUCCAACGGGUUGCCUGUGGCUAUGCACACACAUUAGUAUUAACAGAUGAAGGCCAAGUGUAUGCGUGGGGUGCAAAUUCUUAUGGCCAGCUGGGCACUGGCAAUAAAAGUAACCAGUCCUAUCCUACUCCUGUUGUUGUGGAAAAGGACAGGAUUAUAGAGAUCGCAGCCUGCCACUCUGCCCACACCUCUGCUGCCAAGACCCAGGGUGGGCACGUGUACAUGUGGGGCCAGUGCCGGGGCCAGUCGGUGAUCCUGCCGCACCUCACCCACUUCUCCUGCACCGAUGACGUGUUUGCCUGCUUUGCCACCCCCGCCGUCUCGUGGCGCCUCCUGUCUGUGGAACCUGACGAUCAUCUCACUGUGGCUGAGUCACUGAAGAGGGAAUUUGACAACCCUAACACCGCAGACCUGAAAUUUCUGGUGGACGGAAAGUAUAUUUAUGCACAUAAAGUCCUUCUCAAAAUUAGGUGUGAGCAUUUUCGUUCCUCUUUGGAAGACAGUGAAGAUGAUAUUGUAGAAAUGAGUGAAUUUUCAUAUCCUGUUUACCGAGCCUUCCUGGAAUACCUGUACACAGACAGCAUCAGCCUGCCUCCUGAGGAGGCAGUAGGAUUACUAGAUUUGGCUACAUUUUAUAGAGAAAAUCGCUUGAAAAAGCUCUGCCAACAAACUAUCAAGCAAGGAAUCUGUGAGGAGAACGCCAUUGCUCUGCUCUCAGCUGCUGUGAAGUAUGAUGCUCAGGAUUUAGAAGAAUUCUGCUUCAGGUUUUGCAUAAACCAUUUGACUGUAGUAACACAAACUUCAGGUUUUGCAGAAAUGGACCAUGAUCUCCUGAAGAACUUUAUCAGCAAAGCAAGCAGAGUUGGAGCCUUUAAAAAUUGAUCCUUAGCUGUGGGAAACAAUUUUAGCAUUUUCAUUUUCACUGCAAAAGCCAGAGAAUAAUUCCUAUUUAAUAGUAUUUAUGAUGAACUGCAUUUUGCUGAAAACUUAUGUUCUGUCAAAAGGAUUGUGGUCAGUAUUCCCAUUUGUUGAAAUUCAAAGUUUACAUAGAAGGCAUUAAAAUGUUCUGAUAGAUGUGAUUAAGCUCAGGGGAAAGAAAAUGAAAAUGUCUUAUUAUAUUUAUUAUUUCUUCUUUUGAGUCACUUAAGUUGGACAUUUUUGGUAAAUGGUCUAAGUGUAUGUUUUGCUGGCCAAAUGUUCCCUUAUUCAACAGGCUGAUACUUUGACAAGAAAUGCUGUCACUACCAUGUUUUCUGCAUCAAGCACAGUGCCUCGCAUACAGUAGGCACUCAGUUAAUUUUUUAUAAAACUUAGGUAUGCCCUGACAAUAGAUUCAUUUGCAGGAUAGUGGAUGAAGGAGUAACUUGCACAAAUACAAAUUUAAAAGUUUGUAGCUAUUGAGCUUCAUAUCCUUCAGGUAGAUGUGCUGAGAAACAGUGGCUAAUUUAUAACAUUAAUUAGGAUUCACAAAGGCCUUGGCAAUUGUCAGGGGCUCAAGGGCUAAUUUUAAUUUUCUUUUUAUUUUGAGAUAUUAAUUCUUACAUGGAAUCAUUAAAUAUGAAGUGUUGUCUUUGAAUGAAUGUUUCUGGGCUCAUCUGCCUUACAAAAUUGCAUAUCCUUUCACAUUUGUGUUAAAAGAGAUUUGCCCCCGUAAGCAAAAUUGAUUGUGUUUUUCUUGUAGUUGACUUUUACGUCACUAUAAAGCAAGUCCCUUAAUGUGGCAUGGUAUAGUCAUAAAGUAAUAGCUGAAAAGCAAUUGAUACUUAUGUUUUGUGGUCAGCAUUAAGAAGAAUGAGAUGAAUUUAUACUUUUUAGAUUAAAACAACUUAUACAAAUGCAGAAGAAUAGCUGGAAGGUAGGAUAUAGAUUCUUCUCAUAUGUAUUUCACAAUAUGAUACUAUGUAAAGAAAAUGCUUUUGGAAUUAGAAACCUUGUUCAAUGCUGAACUAUUUGAUAAUAAAAGCUUAUUUGCAGAUAAUAGAACAAAUGUGUUGUAAUUCCUC